GUUGAAUGUCGAACGUUAAACGAGGAACGAGGAACUAACUUCACAUCGGUGCUGCAACUGUGCAUGUCUGAGUGUGUUUUUCGUCUUGUCUUGCCUUGUCUUUCAUGGUUUUUUAGACGUUUUAUAAAGCAAAAACGACAUUGUGUCUACUAAACAUUGCUGUUAUGGCACUUGUAACAGUGACUCAAGAUAUUAUGACAAGCCCCACAUGGAAGGAGUUUUCUUUUUGCCUUUCCCAAAGUCAGUUACGCAAGGUGAAUAAUGCGAUCACUGGAAUCAAGCCUGUGAACGAAAGGAUUUCGACAAGACGAAUAAGUCGCUCCUGUUGCUGGUAAUUUUUAGUCCACGGCAUUGCAACCAAGGCUUCAUUUGGGUGUUAGAAUAUUCUUCAAGAUGGUCAACAUCCAGUUUUGCGCCGGGGAUACUGUCAUCUUCGUUUAGAGUAAUGUUGAUGAAUGUACUUGUCGAAGCCAUUUUACAACAUGAUUGACAUGGACGGCCACUCCCCAGCCCCGCGAUCGCUAGUGCAGUCGUGGAAAGUGUGUCUGACAUCCGGAUGUCUUUUGAUGGACUUGAAUGAUGGAAAGAAAGGGAAUGUGUACGAGAUCUUCACGUACAGCUGCGAAACAGGCAUAUGAUCUGCAAAAAGAUGCUGUCAAAUGGAUCGAAUCUGGCAAAGAUCCUGAAUACCUACAGGAGAGAAUUGUUAACAGUUUUGUUGGAAAAGGGCUAUUUGCAGAAAAGCCCUUUUUCCCAGGGGAAUUCAUUGUUGAGUACCGUGGGAAUCUUUUGAUCGGAAGUGAAGGAGAGAAGCUUUCUAACCAAGACUACAUUUUUUACUUCAUCCACAAAGACAAGAGGAUGUGUAUUGAUGCAACAUCUGGAGACUUCAGAGGGAGAUUAAUCAAUGAUGACUGGAUACGUCCUAAUGCCAAAGUGCAAAAGAUAGUCGUUAAUGAAAAGCCACACUUAAUCAUCGUAGCCAAUUCCUCUAUCAGAAAAGGUGAUGAGAUACGAUACAACUACGGGCAGAGCAACUUGCCUUGGCGUAAACAGAACAAGCAGCGACAGAAAAACAAGGUACGGCCAGCAAAGACCAUUAUUGUGCCAGCUGAGACCAUCCUGCUGGAUCAGACGACCAUGCCUGCUGAGACAACAGUGCCAGCUGAGUUGACCAUGCCGGUUGAGAUGACCAUGCUGACUGAGGUGACCAUGCCAGCUGAGUCGACAGUGCCGGCUGAGGCGACUAUGCCGGCUGAGACAACAGUGCCGACUGAGCUAACCAUGCCCGUUGAGACGACCAUGCUGACUGAAGUGACCAUGCCAGCUGAGUCGACAGUGCUGGCUGAUACAAGAGUGCCGACUGAGACAACAGUGCCGACUGAGCUGACCAUGCCGGUUGAGACGACCAUGCUGACUGAGGUGACCGUGUCAACUGAGAUGACCGUGCCAGUUGAGGCAACUGUGCUGGAGACAGUGCCGGCUGAGACAACCAUAUUGGGUGAGACGACCAUGUCGCCUAAGGCGACCCUGCCAGCUGAAACGACUGUGCCAGCUGAGACGACCCUGCACGCCGAGUCGACGGUGCGGGCUGUAGCGACCCUUCCAGCUCGGGCGACCCUGCCAGCUCAGACAACCCAUCCUAGACAAAUGGGAGGAACAUACACAUCACUGGUUUCAUCUGGUCUAAACAGACGCCAACGUGAUAGAUUGAAGGUCUUUGCCAAUACAAACGGCUUCCUGUAUGGGUCAACAAUUGAUGAACUGACUACUCACGUAGUUUUGUGUGCAGAUGGCGACCUGGUAUGCCCCAGGACAUUAAAAUAUCUCAUGGGCCUUGCAGCUGGUUUAUUUAUCGUCAGUUAUCAAUGGAUUGAGGCAUGCCUGCAAUCAAACGAACUACUUCCAGAGGAGACAUUUGAAAUACGAGGUGAUGAUACAUGUAGCGAUACAUGUACCUUCAAAAACCAUCGUAGUGGCCCACGAAGAUCCCGUUUGCGACAAAAGCCCUUGUUGUGUGACAUGACCUUUGUUUACCUGGAUGCAUUGCCUGGAAUAAACAAAGAUGAUAUGAGGUGGAUACUGAAGAAACUGGGAGCUGAUAUGGUUGAACUUGACCAGAUUGACAAGGCAACAAUAAUAUUGAAGGAUCAAUCGCCAUUCUCUUCUCUUCCAAAAGAUGUGAAGAAAGUAGUCAGACACAAUACAGUCAUAUCAGCUUUCUGGUUGAUAGAUUCAUUGUCGCACUACAAAAAGGAACCACUAGAUACCUAUGAAAUAAUUGAAGAUGAAAGCGACAUUAGUGAUGGUGACGCUGAUAACACAUACUAUCCUUCAACAGAAUGUGUUGACGAGUCAGACAUUGACAGCAGUGAUGACAGUCCUGCACUGGAAGCUGUUGGCAUUUCAGGGGGUCAUGAAUUCAUCAAUUCGGAGCAGGCAAGCGGGUUGGAGCAGGAGAGGGAGUUGGAGCAGGAGAGGGAGUUGGAGCAGGCGAAGGGGCCACAGCAGCUGAGGAAGUCAAAGCAGGCGAGGGAGUCAAAGCAGGCGAGGGAGUCAGAGCAGGCAAGGGAGUCGGUGCAGGCAAAGCUCUCGAGGCAGUCAAGGAACACCAGCCAGCUCAGAAAACAUGGUGCUUGUCAACUUGAGAAAAAGCGCAUGGUGUGGUCAAAAGAGGAUUCAUGUACAGUUGUCAAUUAUUUCAAAGAGUGGGUUCAAGGUGAAGGCCUACCUCGUAAGUAAAAUACAUUUUUGUUCAUUUUACAUGUAUGCAUUGCACUUUCAUGAGUAUAAUUAAAUCACCAAGUAACAAAUUAUUAAAGGGAGCUGGAACUCCUUUAACCAGUCCUGGAAUUGCACAUGUAUGAUCCACUCGGUGGUAUUCAUGCUUUUCAUUUGUAUGCAUAACACAAUGUGGAGGCGCAGAUUUGCAACUACAUUUAUUUCAGUAUAAGCAAGUUCAGUAUUCCAAAUGCUUAUGUACACAUGUGCACCAAGUUGAUGACAUUUGUUUGAAACCAAAUGUGGCAGAUAAUUAAAUACAAGUCUGUUAUGGAGGUGAUCACAUAUGAAUUCCGUGCAGUUUUUCAUGCUAUGUAAAAAGAUGAUAGAGACUUGCUUGGACAAAAGUUUGGCCACACAAGACAGGUGAAAACACUUAAACCAUCUAAAUGUUUAGUUCAGUAUAGAGCACUGAUGCAAGUAAAAGGCCACACAGCGAGCUUCCGGAACCUUCGCACGGCCGCACUAUGGGCAAUUCCAUAAAGUGGACAUAACCCCCCAAAUUACAAAUUCAUAAUUGGAAGCAAUUAUCCAUCAAACAUGUCAAAUGUUGAUGCAUAUAUAGUUCAAAAUUUGUGGAACAAAUACAUAUCACUGAAUUGUUGCAGAAUUUUUGGAGAAGCUAUCAUAUGAAGUGGAAGAUUUUUAUUUGUUUCAUUUCAAUCAGACCGUCCAUGUCUAUGAUUGUCAAUCGUGUACAAAACAUAUAGGAGGCCUUCCAAAAAAGUUGAAGUACAAACAAAAGAGGACAAUAGGAACGUCCAUGAUUGCCCAAAAAACAUGUUUGCGUGCGCGUGCGUUUGUUGCAAACAUCUUGUCAGCACGAUAACUUUGAAAAUACUUGAUGUAUGCACUUCAGAUUUGGUUUUUGAGUUCCCCUUGGUGGUCUGAAGAAGCCUGUUGAUUUUGGACCCCAAAGGUCAAGGUCACAAUGGCUUAAACAAUAGAAAUCAUGUCAGCACAAUAUCUUGAGGAAUACUUGAUGCAUGAACUUCAAAUUUAGUUUGUGAGUAUCUAGUUUCAUGAAUUGAAAUUAGUGCUGGGUGAGUAGCUGUAGUGAGAAGUAGUCACUCGAGUACUCGCAGAGAAACUACGCGCAAGUAAGUUGUUUCACAAAUACACACAAUGAGAUGAAACAUGAUGUUUUUGUGUUGGGGUGAUAUUUGCCCUACACCAAUCAGAAUUAACAUUGUAUGCU